GUGUAAAGAAUAGUAGUUCAGAUGUCCAUGUCAAAUUAUAAAUAUUUACUUUUUGUCAAAAUAACAAAUAUUCGGAAAUAUUGGAAUUUUACUAACAUUACUUUUGUUUUACUAAUUCAAUUAUGUCACCUAAAAGAAGUGAUCUAUCAAUUUUACCUGAUAUUGAAAAGAAACUAGAACAGUUUGCAACAGGCUUAGAGAAUUUUUCAAUUUAUGAAUAUGAAAGAUGCCAAAUUCACUGGGAAAGAGAACAAAACCCCCUCGACUUGUUAUACUUCGAAGGUUCUCCUAUGAGCACAACUUUGAAGGUUCAAAGAGAUCCAUUUACUGGGAAAAUUGUUGAUUUUCAUGAGGUUCCCCUUGAAGCCGUUGGUGCUACACCUAUGAAUUCAAUGUUACUAAAUAGGGCACCAAUACCUUCUUCAAAAGCAGUCAGAGGAAGUUCCUCUUUCAUUCCAUUUUUACCAGGUAGCUUUCUAAAUGAUAGCUUUGAGAUUCCCAAAAGUGAGGAGCUUCCACAUUCAGAGCUGCUAACAGUUCCACCUGGAUUUUCUACUGGAUUAACUUUUGAUAUAGAUGGAAGAACUGUACUCGAAGAAACUAUAGAAGUAGAACCAAGAAAAAUUCCAGAACAGAAACAUAUCAUCAAUUUAGUAGAGUUGGCACAAAAAGAGCAGGAUUCAUUAGGUUCGUGGGGAAACACAGAUGCAAAAUCUAAAGAUGAAAGUGACCACUAUAAUGACCAGAUGCAUUCUGAAGAAGAAGCCAUCAUCCCUAAAGAGCCCCUUGUUCUUGAUAUUAGCAAAGCUCAACCACUACCUCCUGUAAAAGGAACAGAAUGGGCUGUUUUACUUGAUGCAUCAAAACCCAUAACAGAUUUUCAUGAAAAAAUUCCUAAAAUGGCCCGGGAAUAUCCAUUCGAGCUGGAUAACUUCCAGAAAUUAGCAAUUCUACAGGUGGAACAACAUAAUCAUGUAUUUGUUGCUGCUCAUACAUCAGCUGGUAAGACUGUUGUGGCAGAAUAUGCAAUUGCCCUUUCUCAACAGCAUAGGACAAAGACUAUAUAUACAUCACCCAUAAAGGCCUUGUCCAAUCAGAAAUAUCGUGAUUUUAAAAAAGAAUUUGAAGAUGUUGGUUUGAUAACCGGAGAUUUUCAGACAAAUGAAACUGCAAGCUGUCUUAUUAUGACAACAGAAAUUCUCAGAUCCAUGCUCUAUUGUGGAAGUGAUACCACGAGAGAUUUGGAAUAUGUUAUUUUUGAUGAAGUUCAUUAUAUCAAUGAUAGGGAGAGGGGUCAUGUAUGGGAACAGGUCCUUAUUAUGCUUCCUGAAAAUGUUAGCGUUAUCCUGCUGAGUGCAACAGUCCCAAAACCUGAGGAAUUUGCUGAUUGGCUUGGUAGAACUUAUCAAAAAAAGGUUUAUGUAAUCACAACUCCUAAAAGGCCAGUUCCUCUUCACCAUUUCUUGUAUACUGGCACUGAUGGUAAAACAAGAGAUAACAAGUAUGCUAUCUUGAAUGAUGAUCAGUGGUGUAUGGAAGGAUAUGCCUUGGCAAAACUCUCAAUGGCGGAUCAUAAUGAGAAAAGGGCAGGAAACGAGAGGCGACAGUUCACUGAAAAACAGGACAAGACGCUCUGGGUUGCACUAAUUGCACAUCUUCAAAAAGAAAAUUUACUACCAGUUGUGGCGUUCACGUUUUCCAGAUUCAAAUGCGACAGAAAUGCCAUCAAUUUACAUUCGAUUGAUUUGACAACAGCGAAGGAGAAGCGAAAAAUAAGAGGAUUUUAUCAGAAAUGUAUAAGAAAUUUAUCUGAAGCUGAUAGAAAUGUUCCGCAAGUGAUGAUCAUGGACGACAUCCUAAGUAGAGGUAUUGGAGUACAUCACAGUGGUGUUCUUCCAAUCAUCAAGGAGAUAGUUGAGAUGCUCUUCCAAAAAGAGCUCAUCAAGAUCUUAUUUGCCACCGAAACUUUUGCAAUGGGGGUCAACAUGCCUGCAAGAACUGUUAUUUUCGAUUCAAUAACUAAGCAUGAUGGCAAAGAGUGGAGGACACUUGAACCUGCCGAGUACAUACAAAUGGCAGGUCGUGCAGGAAGACGACAGCAUGACAAAGAAGGCACUGUUAUAAUAUUGUGCAAGAACAAUUUACCUGCUGAAACAACCUUGAAAGAUAUGAUGAUGGGUAGGCCCCAAUCUUUGAAGAGUCAGUUUAGACUCACCUAUGGAAUGGUACUUGGCCUUCUUAGAACAGAAAAAUUAUCUGUUGAAGGAAUGAUGUCCCGAAGUUUCCUAGAAGCUGAUCAUCAGAAAAAAAUGGUGGCAUGGAAACAAAAGUUGGCAGAUGUGGAGAAAGAAAUCAACGAUUUAUGCAAGGAUGAAUUAAACAACCACCUGCAACCUCUUGUGGCGUAUUUCGAUAGUGCCAAUGCUUAUUUGAAGCAACAUAAACUAAUUAUGUCUACUGUUAUGUGCCAUUCCAAAGUUCAGAAAGUUAUGACACCUGGCAGAGUCUUACUGAUCUGCUGGAAAAAUCACAUUAAUAAACUUGCGAUACUGCUCUCUGUAGCUCGGGGAAAUCAGCAAUACAAGGUCUUAAUUCUCAGUGAAAAAGAUUUGGAAAAAUGUAAACUCGAUGAAAAGACUCUAUUGUGGUACAAAAUGAUCUCUUUAGCGUCAAUGAAAAUCUACUGUCCCACUGGAAAUGUUGACCAUGAACUGAUCGAUAUAGAACCAUCUGAUAUUUUGGAGAUAACCGGCAAGGUGAUCAAAACAACCCCUGAAUUGAUAAUCAGUGAUUGGAAUAAAAGAAUGCAACCAAGGUUCAGGAAUGACCCUCCUGGUCAGACAGUUUCGAAAGCGACGCAAGAACUUCAUAAACUGACUUUAUCUGCCAACAAUUCUGAUGUGGGAAUUCUUCAAUAUUCGCACUUUUUACGUGAUCUCCACGUAAGAGAUAGCGAGCUCUAUCUGAAUCUAGAAGAAAUGUAUCUUCUGAAAGAAAAAGUUCACGACACCUUAUUCAGUACCCAAAUUCCAAACUUUGUAGAGCAUUUUUCAAUUGUAUUCUCCAAGAAAUAUCUUGAGGAGGAAAGAGAUACUCUGAAAUUUUUGUUGUCAAAAUCGAGUUUGGCCUUGUAUCCCGAUUAUCAAAGUCGAAUAAAGUUACUGAAACAUUUCGAAUAUGUUGAUAAUGAUAAUAUUGUUAAAAUGAAAGGCAAGGUUGCGUGUCAGAUGGGGAUGAAUGAAUUGCUCAUAACUGAACUCAUAACCCGCAACGUAUUGGGCGAUUUGAAACCAGCACAGGUUGCCGCACUUCUCUCGACCAUGGUCUUUCAAGUGAGGUCCAGAAAUAAGGAAGAAGUAGACGAUAUCUUGAAAGGACUAGAACCGCCGCUACAGAAGGCAAUUGCUCAUUUGAAAAAAAUUCAUGAAGAGAUUUUGAGCAAGGAAGAAGAAUUACAAAUCAGGAGUGUUGAUAUCCAAGAAGAACUCAAUUUUGGAGUUGUAGAUAUAGUACACGAGUGGGCUUCAAAAAAGUCGUUUGCUGAAAUAAUGCAACAUACGGAAUAUCAGGAAGGGAUUAUUGUGAGAUGUAUACAACAAUUAAAUGAUACUAUUUGUGAUGUCCGUGAUGCAGCCAAAACCAUAGGCAAUAUUGCUCUGAGAAAAAAAAUGGAGGAGGCUUCCAAUGCUAUCAAGAGAGACAUUGUUUUUGCUGCAAGUUUGUAUACACAGGCAGAAGCAAAUUAUGUUUGAUGUGAUUUCCUACAAAUUGUGAUAAUUUUAAAAGACAAAUAAAUGAAUUUAUAAUAAAA